ACAUUAUUUAUGAACAUUUUGCAGAAUAAUUCUUCACCGUUAUAUUGUUUGUGGGUUUUUUGACGACAAUAGGUGCACGUGGCGUUAUUAAUGUCUUCGUCUGAUUCUGUGUUGAAACUCGUCGUGUCAGUUCAUCAAUCUGUGUGACAGACAGGUAGUGGAUUUACUGUAUGGCUAGUUUAUUAUAACAUAUGUCUAAUUGUUGAUAACUAUAAACUAUAUAAACAGCACUGUGGAAUGAAGAAGGGAUUUUAGAACACUCUCGUAAUGAAUAUCUAAUAAGUAAAGCACAGCUACACGACCACCAGAAUAUAGUUAUGGGUGCCCUGACGCGCAUACGUAGCGCUUUAUUAAUUUUGCUGGGUGCCGUCCUGACCAUUACAUUCCAAUACAUGUCAAGAUCUACUAUGGGAAUAACUAAUGUUUUCAUGUCCAAAGAACGUCAAAUAAAAACGACAAAUUUAACUAAUUCGAAUGUAGUAACUAUGGCUAUUCCACUGAUUGUUGCAAGUAAAUCACAAAAAUCUAAAGUAACCACUUCCGCGCGAACAACUGCGGAGAUUUUGCGCUGGAAUUCUACAAGGUGGUCCGAGUGGAACAAUUUCUGUAGUGGCCCUAUUCAAUUUGAUUCAGCGAGUUUACGGACUCCUGCCGGAAGCCUGAACAUUUUUAUACACGAUAUUAAAGUUGAUCGGUGGGUUUCUGGUUCAAUUAAAAAGCAUGGUGUAUGGGAAAGGGAUAUAAUGAAUCUUAUACAUCAUUACUUGGCGAGUGAUACAGAUUUAAAUCUCCUAGAUAUUGGCUCACACAUUGGCCAAUUCUCAUUAUUGGCGGGAAAAAUGGGAAGAAUGGCGAUAGCUGUUGAUCCGUUACAAGAGAAUGUUUUACGUUUAUGUAAAUCCAUCGAAUUAAAUAACUAUAACUCGUUGGUCAAAGUAUUUUAUGUAGCUUUGUCCGAUUCCAGGAAAAAAGUUACGUUUAUAAAAGACCCUGGAAAUAUCGGUGGGACUAGAGUUCAUCCUGUAAAUGCAUCAAGUGGAACGUCUUUCAAUCCAAAUAUUAUUGAUACAGUAUUUUUAGAUGAUUUAUUACCUUUAAUACCAUUUAAAAAGGCUUUUAUGAAAAUGGACGUGGAAUCGCACGAAAACAGUGUAUUAAAAGGGGGUAAUAACUUUUUUGCUACGUUAGACAUUCCUUAUGUUCUUAUGGAGUGGUUUCAACACGUCAAAAAUCCUGUAUCAGCCAUUGAAAUUAUUAACUUUAUGACACUUCACAAGUAUAAACCAUAUUUAGUUAAUACUAACUCAAAUCCUUUAGAUAUUAAUGAUUAUAAAAGAUGGCCAACAAAUGUUUUAUGGAAAAAGUAAAGUUAUAUUUUAUUGUUA